AUGUAUAAUAUCAAAUCCUACACGCCGCCUUCGCACGAGUCGCGUAAUGGCAGUGAAAUGCCAAUUGUGACACCAGUGCGUGUCAUGCCUCUAGAGCCCGUGGCCUCCAGAGACCAGGAGAUGCGCUUUUUAGAGAGCAAUAGACAGCUCAAAAACGAUGUAUACAACUACUACAAUGUGUCUGGCACGAACUACAAGGGACCUCCUGAGGUUGAGCGAAUCCAAUUGGCAUUCGAAUCUGGUAUUGACGAAGAAAUAGAUCAUUAUCUUGGACACCUUGUUUUCAUUUCCAAGGACAAUCCUGAACUUUUGAAGUUCAAAAGCGGUUUUGCGUUUUUAAUUGAGCCUCUAUCACAUUUUUUUGAUUGCAAAGCCUUUGAUCCCCAGGCAGAAAAUGGGGACAUCAAUAGAGCCCUUGAUGCCGCAUUGAUAAUCCGUAACACUGUCCAAGACAUUGACAACUCGCAGGUCAUUUCUAUGAACUUCAAGAUCAAAGAGGUUCUCAUGAAAGUUGUGAACCAUCGAGUGAUUUUGGACAACAAUUUCACUAGUGAAUCAUACGAGCAACUCAAAGAGCUUCUUAGGUAUUCGAUGGAUAUCAUAGAGGCCAUUUCAUCAUAUUUGGCACCAGCCCCACUUGACGAUCCGUUGUUUUUGUCUCUCACAAAUCUUCUACAAACCGUGCAAGAUCGAUCUGUGAUAAUCACCGCACUCAGAUCAUUGAGUAGACUCAUGUACAACACCAGAAAGGAAGGUGACGCCGCUGACCAUCUAGACGACGAACUUGUGGACCGCGUGGUCUCCUAUCUUGCCUUUGCCGUGAAUGAGGACAAUGACAACGAUGAGUUGCUCAUUACGGCUUUGGAUUUCUUAUAUCAAUUUAUCCUGCCAGGACGCUCGGCGAAACUCCUAAAGAAUUCAACUAACUGCUUUGUCUUUCAGACAUUCCUCCCAAGACUGCUAACCUACAAGCAAAAGUACAAGACUGAAUUCACGCAGGAAAUGCCUAUGUUGAAGCUCGCAAAAAGAUCGAAAGAGGAAAGUCCGACAAAUCCUCCUCUUCUACCAGAAAACCUUAUUACUGCUCUGAAUAACCUUCCAGAACCUAACAGGGCCACAGCCUGGAUGAGAUGCUCAUACAAGGCGACUGAGGAAGGAGAUGUGACACAAAUUUCCUUAUGGAGAUCAUAUGAAGCACAGUUCCAAAAAUAUUCUUCGGCAGGAUCGAACUUGCGCUUGCUUCCCGCCGUUGAUUUCAUCAAGAAUGUACAACACGCAUUCCCAAAUUCCAACGCAAUGGUGUUGACUUUACCUGACGGAACUCGAAAAUUUAUUAUCAAAGGAAUCGAACCAAGAGCUGUGCCUGUGGAUAUCGACCAGGGCAAGGUCGAGGCACUCACGGAUAGAGCUGCUGCCUCGGACCGUGGCGGAAACUCCAAGAACAACAUGCAAGAACCGUACCAUCCGGUACAAUACAGUUUCAACGACAGCCUGGCCUUGACGGAAAUAAACACCUCCGCUAGCUUGCUGAUUACUGAGCUCAUGGCAACCAAAAAGGGCCAGGAGCUGUUUAUUGGACAGAAACAGAGCCUACUAGACAGUGUGUUGAAGGUUCCUAAGCUACUGCCUUACAUCCACGAAGCGCUUCAAAAACUAGAUUAUUAA